AUGGCUAUAACACAAACAUCAACUUUUCUUCAUAAGAGUGAAGGAGCCUCCCGAUUUUUCGCACAAGUCACCAACGAGACUCAGGGUCAGCUCGGAAUGAUAUGGCUACUUAGCUAUGCUGCACCCGAUCAAGAGACACAUGAUGCCGUGAACGCGGCAGACAGGUUGUUUAACAAUGCUGUGGCCACUUGGACCAGCCGAACAGAUCUCUUUGCACUUUUGCGAGCAGCCGCUGGUAAAGACGAAGAACUGGACCCAGAAUCAAGACUUUGGAUCCAGUCUAAGCUACGCGAUUUUAUUUCUGCUGGCCAUGGCUUGGCCGAUGAGAAGACCAUCAAGCAACAUCUGAGUAAAAGAUCCGUUAUUGACCAACUGCGGAAGCAGUAUAAUAAUAACUUGAGAAACAAUAACGCUGGCUUGUGGAUUGACGAAGCGGAUUUGAUCGGCAUCCCAGAAUCUGACAUGAAGAGCUGGACCGAAUACAACGGCAAGCGAUUUGUUCCUUUUGCAAACGGUGGCUACAAAACAGCAAUGGCUCGAGCUCAUAAAGCAAAAACGCGCGAAAGAAUGUAUCUAGCGGAGGAGGCAAAAGUUCCAGCCAACGUGGACAUUCUUCGAAGCAUCAUUAGCAUGCGAGAUGCUCAAGCGAGGCUGCUAGGAUUUGACAAUCACGGAUCAUUCCGUAUCCAAAACCGUGCCAUCAAAUCCACAGAGUACGUUCAGAAGUUUCUCGAACAGCUAAGGCAAUCGCUAGUGCCCCAUGGAAGAGAUGAACUACAGAUUUUGCGACAAGUCCGUGAUGAGCAUCGUCUUCUGAUUGAGAAUGUUGCAAAUGACGAUGGUUUCACCGAAGAUGAUCGGUUCUAUCCCUGGGACCUUGAAUACUACAAGCGCAUACACAGCUUGCGGUCACAAAUUGACGACACAGAAAUAUCGCAGUUAUUUCCCUUGGAGCACACUGUUCUAGCAAUGCUGCGGCUUUUUGAGUCCUUUCUUGGUCUCAAGUUCACACAGAUUUCCUCGGACCACUUGGACCCAGCGUGGAUAUGGCAUGAAGACGUCCAAAUUUGGGAAGCUUGGGAUAAUAAAGAAGGAGAGUUUAUUGGAUUUCUCUAUCUCGAUAUCCUAUGGCGCGAAAACAAGUAUAAGGGUUCGCAAAAUGUUAAUAUUAAAAGUGGAUAUUUGAAACCAGACAGCACUCGAAACUUUCCAGCUACGGUGCUUAUGUGUAGCUUUCCACGUUCAAAUGAGUCUAAUUGCGUGCUACUAAAGCACCGAGAGGUGGUAACAUUAUUUCAUGAACUCGGCCACGGAAUGCACGACCUAAUCUCUCAUUUCGGAGAGAUGCCAAGCACAUUAUUGGAGAAUUGGUGCUGGGAUCGCGAGGUUUUGAAGCACCUCAGCUGCCAUUAUACCCUUCUCAGCGAACAGUACUUAUCUGAGUGGCAUGAAAGGUACCCCGAUGCACCAGAUCCACCUGCUCAGAUACCAGAUGAUCUACUAGAAACUAUCGCCAAGACCAGGAAUACAAAUCGUGGUCUCAGGCUGUUGCACAUCCUGGUUGUUUCAAUUUUUGACCUCAAAAUCCACACUCCUCAGACGCACGAAGAGAUAGAACAAGUCGACUUGGGCAAGCUCUGGUAUGGCCUGCGAGAAGAGAUCGAAGGCUUAGAUAUGACUCGUUCACGGGCCGUUGGCCAUGAACAAGCGAUAUUCGGCCACCUCUUGAGCGGAUAUGAUGUGGGAUACUAUGGCUAUCUAAGCUGUCUAGCAUACGCCCAGGAUGUCUUUCAAGAAUACUUUGCAAAGGAUCUGCACAACCGAGACGCGUGGGAUCAUUUCCGUUACGAAAUCCUGGAAUACGGAGGAAGUCAUCCAGAUCAGCUCCAAAUGCUCCAAGAGUAUUUAGGACGAGAGCCAAACUAUAGCGCUUUACAGGAAAGCCUAUUACUGUAG